AUGUUUACACCUUGCCCACAGACUGCUAACACAGACUCUUAUGGUAUCAACGCUGCAGAGAGGAUAGGUGUGGCCUGCAUGUGAAGAGUGUUGGGAUUUUUGGUCAUCUCUGUUCAUUCUGCUUUCAGAGUGCUGAGGAGGAACGCGUCUCCACGGAUGGACCUUGUUUGAACUUGCAAGCACCUUUCUCACCCUCAUUUGGUUGUCAGCGACCAUGUACAGUAGUGGCUACUCGCAGGUGGCCAGGAACGGUCCAAUGGCCCAGAAGAAGACGCAGUAUCGCUCAAAGGGCAAGAGCUGCGGCUACUACAUGCGCAUUGUCUUCUUCUUCUCAUCGCUCAUUCAGUCUCUCAUCAUUGUGAGCCUUGUGCUCUUUCUCGUCUACGGGAAGACGCAGGACUCUGCGUCCACAGCGCGCAUCCAGGACCUGGAGGAGAGCUUCAGCCGACUCUCCAUAGAGAACGUGGCUCUCAGGCAGCAGAGGAAAAACCUGACCAACCUACUCAACGUCACUCUGACCCAGAAGGCCCGUAAUGACUGGGAGCUGAGGAGGUUCCGCCACUAUGCCAACGUAUCAUCAGUGAUCAUCCAAGAUUACGACAAGAAACUGCAACAAUGCUCUACCAAUUUGUUCAUGUGCAAUGCCUCCCCACGUUAUCCGUCUGACUGCCCACAUCGAAUUUCAGUUCCAGACAACUGUAACUGUGGGAUGCUGGUUGAGCGGCUGAAAGCCCGGCUUGAGUUGGUAGAUUCCAACUUCACCCAAACGGUGAGAAAGAUGAAGAUAGAAAUGGACCAGACAGCCAAAGAGAGGGACUUCAUCAACCUGGAGGUCAUUCGUCUGAGGAGGGACAAAUCCACACAAGAAAAGGAGUUGCAGUUCCAGAAAGAAAAAUGUAAAGAUCAAUUUUUCCAUUCUUUGAGCGGCGUCUCCAAUGUCUCCAAGGCUUUACUUGAAAAGAUAGACUCCCUCUUCCCGGUACACCUUGCCUUCCAGCUUACCUGCCCAAAACAGAGGGAGCACCUGGAACAGAUCCGCACUAACUGCACCAGCCUGUCCAGAGAUGUAGAGAACAAGCUUCAGAAUUACCUGGACCUUGUAGGGGGCCAGGUGUCCGACAUACAGGCCGAGAACAGUCGCUUGAAGGCAGAGAACUGGCGGCUGUCUGAGGAUUACCGCUGGUGCACCCAGAACCGCACAGGCCAGAUCAAAGAGCACAAUCAGAAAUUAGGCACCCUUCAGCUGAAGCAUGAUCAGGAAAAGGAGAGACUCCUGAUGGACAAGAUGAAGUUAAAUGGAGAGAUACAAGUCCUGGAAAACAACGUCAAAUAUAAAAAUAAAGAAGUUGAUCAUCUCACUCAGCAAAUCAAUAACCUCAACAUGUCCUGCAGGGCAGGACUAGGUGGACAAGGAAGUCUACUAAAGCCUGGGUGGGGCUCAACUGGGGGUGGUCAGCUUGGUAGGACAGGUUCAGGUGGGUUAGGUUCAAGUCUUGGCUCCACUGGAUUAGGAUUGAAUAAAUUUGGAUCAUCUGGGUUAGGUUCUUCAAGCUCGUCCUUGUCAUCACCUGGGUCUAGUUCAAGUUUAGGCUCCACUGGGUUAGGUUUGAAUAGAUUUGGAUCAAAUGGAUUAGGCUCCUCAAGCUCAUCCUCCUUCUCGUCACCUGGGUCUAGUUCCAGUUUAGGAUCCACUGGAUUAGGAUUAAAUAAAUUUGGAUCAAAUGGGUUAGGCACCUCAAGCUCAUCCUCCCGCUUGUCACCUGGUUCAAAUCCAAGCCUUGGCUCCACUGGAUUAGGAUUGAAUAAAUUUGGAUCAAAUGGGUUAGGCUCCUCAAGCUCAUCCUCCUUCUCGUCACCUGGUUCAAGUUCAAACCUUGGCUCCACUGGAUUAGGAUUGAAUAAAUUUGGAUCAACUGGGUUAGGCUCCUCAAACCCAUCCUUCUCGUCACCUGGGUCUAGUUCAAGCCUUGGCUCCACUGGAUUAGGAUUGAAUAAAUUUGGAUCAAAUGGGUUAGGCUCCUCAAGCUCAUCCUCCCACUCGUCACCUGGUUCAAGUUCAAGCCUUGGCUCCACUGGAUUAGGAUUGAAUAAAUUUGGAUCAAGUGGGUUAGGCUCCUCAAGCUCAUCCUCCCACUCGUCACCUGGGUCUAGUUCAAGCCUUGGCUCCACUGGAUUAGGAUUGAAUACAUUUGGCUCCGCUGGGUCAGGACUCAAUAAGCAAGGAUCAACUGGGGGAGGCUUAUCUAGUUUUGGAUCAGCCAGUUCAAAUCCAGGUCUUAGUUCAAGUGGGUUAGGAUUAAAUAAGCAAGUACUCAAUGGAAAAGGCUCAUCAACCCUUGGGACUUCAUCCUCUGGCUCAACUGGGUCAAAUCCAAACUUUAGUUUAAGUGGGAUAGGCUCAAAUAAGCCAACAUCAAAUGUGAAAAGUUCCCCAGGCUUGGGUUCAUCUUCUGGUUCAACUGGAGCGACAAGCAAAACUGGGUCAACCAAUUCUGGACUCUCAUGGUUGGGGUUGGGGUUAGGGAUUAGUAACUCAGGGCAAAGUAAGACAGGAAGUGGAACAGCAAGUGGAACAGGGAGAGGAACAUCAAGUGGCAGCAGUAAUGGUGGGACUGGUGCAGGACGGAUAGGUGGACUUGGAGGUGGCUCUGUCAAUGUUGCUCAGCACCUUCAAACUCUGCAGCUUCUCAUCAACCCGCCUGGGCCAGAGGAGAAAGAAGAACACUUCAGACAGUAUGGUUAGUCCUUCUCGUUUAAUGAGCCAAAUGAUUUAAAAUAAUCAAAUCAGAUUUGUAUCCUUCCUUCUGUUAAACACAGCUAACUGUAUGGUCAUCAUAUUGAGUUCAUGCAUUGUAUAUCAAUAUCUUUACUAUGUAACAUGGACCGUGUCUGUUUAAAAUCUAUAAGAGCAUGUAUAAGAGUAAGCGGAAUAACGUGUGCACUUUUAAUGUGAAAUGUAAAUUGGCGUUACUGGUUUCUGUGUGCACAGUAUCAUGUGCACACUGUUAAAGCACAGGUAGAACUUUGACAGUGUAAAUAAACCAAACCUUUGUAUAAACGUAA